AUGGCCGCAACGCACUCCAACAACCGUGCCUCUCUUCUCAACGGCCUUCGUACCGGAGGCGUGCGUUCUACUUCCAUGUCUGUUCCUCAUACUGCCGCUCUGGGCGGUUCAUUCAACGUCCAACGUUUUGCGUCCAACUCUCAUUCUCCUUUCGCAGAGGAGGAUGAUAUGGAUGAAGUUGCCGAGCUUUUCUCUCAGAGCAUGUACAUCAACAAUCAGGCCCGUCCCCUUACUGCCGCAGUAGAUGGUCCAAACAACCGCUUCGUACAGCAGCAAAUGGCUGCUCAGAGUGCCCUCAAUCCAAACAGUGUUCCAUUUUACCCCUCCUAUUCUCAGGGGAUGCAGCCACAAAGCGCUAGCGACGUUCAGUUGCAUGCGUAUCAGCAGAUGCAGAUGAUGCAAUUGGAGAUUGCGCGGUUACAGUCUGAACAGGCCCAACGUAAUGCUCGUGCUCAAGCUAUCCUCAUUCAGCACGCUUUGCGUCAGCAGAUGCAGAACAGGAGUGUCAGCGUUACAAAUCCUCCUGCCACUGCCGGUCCCCUUGAAACAAGUUUUGAUAUCCGUCCUGUUAGCGGCUCCCCGCCUGCGCGGCGUCCUAGUCAGGCUGAGCUUCUCAAAGCUCAGCUCGGAGUCCAAACUCCUCCACUGGAAGAUCAAGUGUCAAUGACGGCCGCACUUGGGGGACGAGUCGGCGCUCGUGUCACCUCUAGUGUCGCAUUCCCGAGUAUUCCCGAGACUCCGCUUAGGGGAUCAUCUCCUCCCGGUCAGACCACCGUGAUUAGUGGUGGUACUUCACUCGGUAAUUCCCUGCCCAACGGAAAUGGACACACAAUCAAAGAUAGCACGCCUUCCAAGUCAGAUGUUGCUGUGUCUUGGCGUCGCGGAAGCACUACAAAUUCAGUUUUGAAUGGCCUCCGCACCGUGUCUGCUGUCUCCCCAAGCGUCAAAAUUACACCACCUCCUGGUGAACGUAUCUCACCUCCUCCUGGCACUACGUCAGCCAACAAGGUGCGCCCGCGCCCUUUGAGCUUUACAGCACCUCUUUCGCGCACGCUUCCCGCUGUUGUCCUGGACUCUGGCAGUGAACACGACGAUGCUUACUCAACUUCGAGUUCUGCAUCGCUCUCCAACCCCACUACCCCUCACUCAGCAUCUUCUUUGGACACAUCGCCACUCUCGCCACGCGAGGAAGCAGCCAAGAAGUUGUACGAGGGGCUGGGAAUGGGACGUCCUAUCUUAUCUCCUGCGCCCGUUCCCGUCGCGCAUAAAUUUAUCGGCCCUUUCAGACAGCCUCGUGGUCCUCCUUCCGGUGCUGAUGAAUUAGGACCCAAGAACUUUGCCACGCGUGUGCGCCGCAAGGCCAUCGGCGGCCUUGGUGUUCUCAUGGGUGCUCGCGAGCGCAGGGAAGCAAUCGAGGCAUACUAA